GUCUCAUAAUAGUGACGUAGAUGACGUUUAAGCUAUUCGACGUAGCGGGUAUUAUUAUUAACCUACGGAUAGAUGUAGUAGAGUAUCGCGCAAUUUGAUUUCUUUUGCAUGUCUUUGACUAUAUUACCGCGUCAUCAUAUUACCGUCUACUUGGGCGACAAUGUCCACUUUGGUAGAGUCCCUGGCCGACGAGGGCUGGUACCUCAGUGAUGAAGGCAUUGCUGAACUGGAAGGCUCUGCUGAACUGAAAGGCUCUGCUGAGAACAUUACACUUAAAGAUGUCAUUAGCAUUGCACUUGAUACUGAUCUCAGAUUGAUUGGAAGGAAAUUUUUGCCACCAGACAUCAAUAGUGGAAGGGUUGAAAAGCUGGAGGGUCCGUGCGUUCUCCAGCUGCAGAAGUCGAGAAAUAUCUCCGCACCAAAAGACAUCGAGUCCCAAGGAGGGCUACGAAUGCUGCGCCUGCAAAUGACAGAUGGCCAUACCACCUGUGCUGGAGUGGAGUUUAAACAACUUAGCAAAAUCAGCCUUAAUACUCCCCCUGGAACAAAAUUUAAGCUCCUGGGUACAGUCCUGAUUAGAAAUGGGUUUUUGCUCCUUGAUGACUCGAACAUUUCUAUUCUUGGUGGAGAGGUUGAACACAUGGUGGAGAAAUGGGAACUGCAACGUAGUCUGGCCAAACACAGCAGAAACAACAUCGGAGCAGAAGGUGGGCCGCCUCCUUUUUUGGCAUUUGGCCAGAAGAAUGCAAAGAAGGAUGAAAUGGACAUUGAAGAGCUUGACAAGAGAAAAACCCUUCAGAGUGUAGUCAAGACUGCUGAGGAGAAUGACGAGUUUGCAAAGCAGCGUACGGCAGCUAUUGCCGAGGUGGCCAAAGGCAAAGAGGGUCCCCGUGUGUUUGGCGGAGGAGGAAACGCAGGAAGCAAUUUAUCCACCACGACUUCACGGAGUCGUGACAAGUAUAGGCGGGAAGACAGGGUUGAGCGACAUGAAAACAGACAAGAUGGAAACUAUCGGGAGCUGGUGGACGAGCGUGCACUAAGAGACAUCAUCGAUAUGGGCUUUAACAAGGAGGCAGCCAGACAGGCCUUAAUGGAUAACAACAACAAUCUUGAGGUGGCUCUCAACAGUCUUCUCACCGGAUCCUCCAGUAGCAGGCCUAACUCUGCGGGCGCAGACAAGUCUCAGCCUCGAGGCAGAGGUAGGGGGAGAGGCCGGUUCAGAAAUGGUGAGGAGGAGGAGGCUGGAGGAAGGCCCUCUGGACCGAGUACGCUAUUUGACUUCCUAGAAUCCAAGAUGGGCGUUUUCUCCAUUGAUGAGUCAAAGAGCCAGCCCCCCCAGAGACUUGAGAACAACAAUUGGCACGGCUCAGACUUUAACUCCAAAGAAGCCCCUCACACCAAGUUCUCCUCACAUAACGACUAUCGGCAAAAAAAGAACGACAGACCGCCCCGCUUUCACAGGGACGCAGACUUUCCCAAACCAGGCCAGGAGCCCGUCUCGAACUGUAUAUCCUUGCAAACUUCAUCGGCCCAGCAGCAGUGGAAAGGUCACGAUAGGUCGUCACGGGGAACACCAGACAGACAACCGAAUGACAGGAAAGAGAUAGAAAACGAGCAUAUUGCCUCGACGCCGUCUUUGAGGAAGGAAACUCAACAUCAGAUGGAAUCAGUCGGAUUGUUUCCGCAGCAGUCAAGAAAUGAUGACGUCGGGCUCCCGGUUGGCCCAUUUCCCCGGAGAGGGCCAAAGGACUACGCGCCCUUAUCGAAACUGUCAAAUCCUUCAGCAAAUGAUGCAAUCCCUCACCCCAUCCCAAACCACUUGAGGAAGAAGGGGAAAGCUGACCGAGCUGACUCUGGCGCACGUCAAAAGGAUAGCGCGCCACCAAAGGGAGGAAGCUUGCAGGAUUCACAAUUGCUGACAGGAGCUCCAUCGAAUUACCAAAAUGGAGACGCGCUACCUAUAAGGACUGGGCCAAUCAAGCCAACCAAUACACCCGGUCCUACUUACAGGGAUCAGCCUCCGAGGCGGAACCCUCAUAAUAACCCCGGGCCUAGAAGAAAGUCUGGGCCCGGUAAAGGUCAAGGUCCUCGAGGAGGGAUGAAAAGUUGGAAUGUCGAUCGGACGUGGAAACCCGGAGAUCAAUGCCUUGCCCUGUACUGGGAAGACAGUAAGUUCUACCACGCCAGAAUCGAUGCUGUGCAUCCGUCAGGCUCGACAGCUGUGGUGGUGUUUAGUGAUUAUGGAAACUGCGAAGAGGUCCUCCUCCAUAACCUCAAGCCUGUCAGCGCCGACAUCUUGGAGGAAGAUGACGGCUACUACGACAGUUCCCUAGAAUUUCGCCGCGGCGGAGACGGACAACCGAGGCGCACGAGACCAACACAACAGUAUUACCAACCACCCCGGGCGCGGGAUUGAUGGCAACAUUUUUGCCUGGCAGGUGAAUUUACAUGCAAUUGCAGGGUCUUCCCCUCAGUGGUAUUAUUUUUUUCUCUUCUGUAAAUGUCACUGUUUAGAAAAUGGGUCAACUAUGAACUGAAUUAAGGAAUUAAUUUUCAACAUCUCAUUUAUCCACUCGGAUAUUUUUCUAACCUUGUAUUAUUAUUUCUAAUAUACGUUAAACAGCCCAUCUGACAGGCUGUUAAAUAAAAAUAAAAAAAUAUUGCUGGAAUGAUGUAACGACUGUAACAGAUGGAUGUCUUCCUCUGAACUCUCUCCUUAUUCGAUGCGAUUGGAAUGUAGAAAUUGCCUUCGUCAAGUGAUUCCCUCCUCAACCAAGUGUGUUUCUCAAUCAAAUUUGGGCUCUCUUGGUGAAUCCCGAGUGACUCCUAAACUGACCGUUCACAGACACGGCGGGCUUUUCAAAGGGCUUACAAUGCAAAAACACCGAGCACUCGAUUUUGUUAAGCGCAUGGAUGUCUUGAAAUAAAACCUAAUCUACCGAG